GGGCAGCUGCUCAGACCAUGUUCGGUCUUUUUUUCCAUAGAUUAUUGCGCAUCAGACGCAGAAGCAGUACUCUUCUUUUAAGCCCAAUUUCACACAAUUUGUUGAUGUUCGCUGAUGAUUUGAAUUGCGUCUCCCAUUGCCCGCUGUCCAGAAAUGUCAAAUUCAGUACUUCUGGUGGAGUUUUCUUUGAUGCCCAAAUGAUUACGGAACUGGUGCGUGAAGGUAGGUGGGAUGAUUUUAGACUAUCGAGACUUUUUAGCUCUGAUUUAGCUCCCAUUUGGGUCUCCAGAAUCCUGGUGGAGUUGAAACAUGAACCUAGGUUAGCUCUUAACUUGUUUGAUCGGGCAAAGACCAGGAUCUCGGUUGGUCAUGCCACAGAGAGUUACUGUCUGAUUGCUCACAUUUUGUUCUGCUCAAGAAUGUACAAUGAUGCUAGAAAUGUUCUGAAAGAAUUGAUUAGUCUGAACAAGGGGGUGGUACCUUGUUCAGAAAUUCUGGAUGUCUUGUGGUCAACUAGGAAUGUCUGCAUUCCAGGUUUUGGGGUUUUUGAUUCGUUUUUCAGUGUUUUAGUUGACCUGGGAUUUCUAGAUGAUGCAUAUGGGUGCUUUUUGAGGCUGAGAAGUUUUAACGUGCUUCCAAAAACACGAUCUUGCAAUUAUCUUUUGGAUAGACUUGUAAAGGCUGGAAAUCUAGACUUCUCCUGGCAAUGUUUUGAAGAUAUGAUUGCUUCUGGACCUUCACCUAACGUGUACACAUAUAAUAUAAUGAUUGGUUAUUUGUGUAAAGAAGGGGACUUGGAUGCUGCAAGAAAAUUAUUUGCACAGAUGAAAGAGGGCAGGGUUAAUCCCGAUAUAGUUACGUAUAAUUCUCUUAUUGAUGGAACUGGCAAGCUAGGGGAGCUUCAGGAAAUGACUUCCAUAUAUGAGGAAAUGAAGGAAGCUGGAUGUUCUCCAUGUGCAGUAACAUAUAAUACAUUAAUUAAUUGCUUAUGUAAACAUAAAGAAAUGGACUCUGCAUUUGGAUAUUUGAAUGAGAUGAAGAGUAGUGGUAUAAAACCCAAUGUUGUAACUUAUAGCACAUUUAUUGAUGCUUUCUGCAAAGAAGGGAUGCUGCAAGAGGCUAUCAAAUUUUUCAUCGACAUGAGGAGAGUUGGUCUGCUUCCCAAUGAGUUCACUUAUACUUCUUUGAUUGAUGCAAAAUGUAAAGCAGGGAAGAUGGACGAAGCUUUCAAGCUUGUCAAAGAGAUGUUAGAAUUGGGACUGAAGCUGAACAUAGUUACCUACACAGCAUUACUAAAUGGCCUUUGUGAACAAGGGAGGCUUAGAGAAGCUGAAGACAUUUUUAAAUUAUUAUUAAAAAAUGGGAUCACCCCUAAUGCAAAGUCUUAUACCGCUCUUAUGCAUGGGUAUAUGAAAUCAAAAAGGUUAGACGAUGCUAUGAAUAUUUUGGAACAAAUGAAGGAAAAGAAUAUCGUCCAGAAUGAAUUACUCCAUGGAACUGUUGUAUGGGGACUUUGCAACCAAGGAAAGUUAGAGGAUGCAAAGAAUUAUUUUGAUGAAAUGGAGGGGCAAGGAAUAGAAGCGACUUCUGUGGUAUACACCACACUCAUUGAUGCUUUCUUUAAGGCUGGAAAAUCCACUGAAGCGCGUGAUAUGCUGGAUGAGAUGCAGAGAAGAAAUAUUACCCCAACUGUUGUGACAUAUUGUGCAGUAAUUGACGGUUUGUGCAGUUUGGGAUGUGUCGAGGAAGCAAUUGUUCAUUUCAAUAAUAUGCCAAAUAUUGGUUUGCAACCCAAUCUGAUGGUUUACACGGCACUUAUUGAUGGCCUCUGCAAAAAUUUAUUUCUAGAGGCUGCCAAAACCUUUUUUGAUGAAAUGCUAGACAGAGGGUCUUUCAAGGAAUGGUCGAAUAGAAGAAGCAAGAUGUUUGUUUGAUGAGAUGAUUGAGAAGGAUAUUCUUCCUGAUGCUGUUAUUUAUGGGUGUCUCAUAAGAAAAUAUUGUGAAAUUGGUAAUACAGAUGGAGCACUUUUCUUGCAGAAUGACAUGCUGAAAAGGGGCUGUGUGGCUAUCAAUGUGGCUAUCAAAAGUGAAUAUGAUGUUCAAAAUACAUCUUAAUUUGGUGGUUCAGAGAUUCUAUUUGUUACCAAAAUUGUGGGAAUAGGUUGCAUGACUAUCAGUGAUGAUUUUUAUGUUCAAAAUACAUACCUGGGUGGCUGAGAUUGAGAAAAUUUGUCUGUAGCAUUUUCAAAUGAAGGUGAAAAGUGAAACUUGAGUAACUGGGCUUCUGCAACUUCAUUUUCUUUAUUAUGUUCUCAUGAAGGCAAGAUGAAUGCUAUUAAAAGCUCUAAGGAACCAAGUUUACUAGGCUGUGUCAAAGUAUGAACGUGAAGAUGUUUUUUCCCAUGGCAUUGACUCUGAAGAUGGCAUGAAACUUACUCCAUAUGACACCAUACCUCGUCCUCCCAAGUGUCUGUUGUGAAAGGGAAUGUGCAGUUCCAGAUUUGACAAGAAGUCUCGGGAUUACGAGUGCACAAAGAGACUUGUUUCCAUAUCCAUUGAUAGUGCUUACAGAUCUAGAACUACUUUGAUCAUCAAGGGGAGGACUGGAGGAGACACAUCGUGGUGGUAGACCUCAAAAGAUUUCAUGGCUUUGUGUUAUGGAUACUUUUCAGGGAUCCAAACCCAUAAACGGAAGACAAAGAAGAAUGGGCCGACGGGCUGCUAGCCCGUUGAGGAUGACUAGUCUUUUAUGCAAAAACUUUCACGGACCUAAGGUCUAUGGUGAACCUUCAUAUAAGCUAAACAGAAUCUGAAGAAGAACACAUCGCCAAGUUCAGGGUAUGCUCUUGUUGGAUCUUUCUAGAGGAGCAAACCUGCCAUGGAUUUUUUCUGGAUUGGACUUCUUGAUGAUCAGCUUAUUUUGAUUUAACUUUGAUCAAGAAGAGGAGUUUUGUGGUAGCGCUUGUUGGAUACUCCUAUAGUUUCUAUUUGGAUUUCCUUGGAAGGACUGCCAAUUCACUUACAGGAUUGGAGGGCUCUCUACUCUUUAAAUACACGCUGGUCGAAAAGGACACAACAUAAACAAGUUGCAGCAUUUCAGCAAAAUGGAACUUCAUAAGAGAUGAUCCAAUGGCAACCAUUGAUUUCAAUCCCAGCUCAUACAAUCUCACGCUGCUAUCUGUGCCCUGCCCACCAAAACAGCAUUGGAGUUUAUCACUGAUACAGAAAGAGACUUGCAAUGCAAUCACUUAAAAGAGCAGGUGUUUUUCAUACAGAAACAUCAAUUAGACUAACCCUCAAAACAUGCACAAAAAGACUAGUAUUAGAACAUACAAAGCUAACUUAUUUCGUAGAGAUAUUGCAACUGUUUCAAGAUGAGUUGUCUAGGACUAUUCAAGGGGAGAUAUUGUGUUGCAUGUUUUUGAGGUUGUUGAUAAAGCAAAGGAAAAAUGCCAAGUCUGAUACAUGGAGCAGAGGAAGAAACGUGAAAACUAGAGAAAUAUCAAAGUUGAGUCAUUUUACUACUCUCAUGCACUUAGAAACAAUUGGGAUAUAAUAGAAAUAUUGACUAAAAAAUGUGCCAUAAAAGAGGAUUUGAAAU